CAGGACAUGGCAAACUCCAAACUUAAAUUGUAUUACUUCGACAUCCGGGGCCGCGGUGAGGUCGCUAGACUCAUCCUCGCAGCCGCUGGGAAACGUUUUGAGGACAUCCGCUUCACGCUGGACGACUGGCCAGAGUACAAGAAAAAAGCCCCUUACGGCCAGGCGCCCCUGCUGGAGGUGGACGGCGUCAUAUUCGCUCAAAGCCUGGCCAUCAACGCCUUCCUGGCACGUGAGUUUGGCUUCCACGGCAAGACGAGUUUAGAAAUCUUCAAGAUCGACGAAAUCGCCCACCUUGUUGAAGACUUUGUCUUGAUCGUCGCCCGGAACUUCCACCUCAAUGACGAGGCCGAGAAGACCAACGGAAUCCUCGCCAUCAAAGUGAACGACGCGACCAGAUAUUUCAGGUUUUUGGAGAAAAUUCUAGAGACAAAUGGCACCGGAUAUUUCGUAGGCGAUCGCCUGACGCUAGCGGACAUUUUAUUCUUCGAUGUCGUCACCGGAUUUUGUUCCGCUUAUGUUGACGUCACCAACGAAUUCCCCAUGCUGAAAAAUAACAUGUCGCGUGUGUGUGGCAAUGCUGGGAUCUCGGCGUAUGUGGCGGGUAGAAAAGACAGCUCGUUUUAAUGUCAGGUGCAUGACUGUCAAUUAAAAAAAAUAAAUAAAUCAUUAGACUAUAUCAUCAUAAUGAUUCUCAUUCCUAUAAAUAUUGAUGCAAUGACUUCCUUUCUAAUUUUUUUUUUCCUUGAACUGACUGAGCAUGCGUCUGGAUACAAGUUGAUAAUCUUUUUGGUCUCAUUUUUGAACAAAACAUUAUACGCUUAAAGCAGUGGUGGGG